GAUCUGGAUUUGGAGGGCAUUAACAUGAGUCCCCUAUUAUGGAUGGGCCACUCUCUGCUGGCCCUUGUGCUCUCCCACUCUCCCUCUCUUACACACACACACAUAAUGGUGGUUUAGUAGGUUUAUUAAUAUUCCCCAGCAAUUCUCUUCAUCAGAAACCCAGAACCCAGAAACCCACUAAGUCCAGCCAAAAGCAGACCGAUGCUAGUCCACAGAGCAAUGGCCAGUGAGUCCACAAGGCCCUUGAAAGGUUCCCAAACAAGAUAAACCCACCAGGCAAAAUUAAAUCCACUACACAAGAAACUUCACGAGGCAAGAAAAGUCCAGAGUUCACAAGGCAUGAUCCGCAGUGUCAAUCCAAACAAGGCAGGAAUCACCAUGACCAGGAAACACCCAGCUAGGAAACAAACACAUUGCUCCCAGCGUUAUCUCCAUCUAUCUGUUGUGCUAAAGAGCUUCUGGUGCAACUCACCAAGAGGGAUGAAGCUGCCUCCGCACGAGCAGUUGGGUCGACCUUCGCUGCUGCUCCUGCCUUUUCUCUGCCCUAUAAAUUCUCAGAUCAGAAAGACCAACCCAUCUCUUGUUUUGCCUAUAAAUGCCUCCAUUCCUGUUGCUGGAAGGAAGCCUGGAGUUGCCACUGAGCAGACUUGCUACCCAAGGAAGCAAAGGGACAGGGAAGGAAGGGAGACCAUGGGGCGAUUCAUCUUUGUGACCCUCGGCUUGCUGGUCGUGGCUUUCUCCAUACAUGGAACCAAAGGCUGUUUUUGUCCUCGUGAUUGGUUCCCCAUGAAUCAGGUUUGCUACAAGGUCUUCGAUGAGCACAAGAACUGGAAAGAUGCUGAGAUGUUCUGCAGGAAAUACAAGCCAGGCUGCCACCUCGCCUCCAUCCAUGGCAUUGAUGAGUCACUUGAAGUGGCCGAAUAUGUCUCCGACUAUCUCAAAAGUGGUGGACAUGUUUGGAUUGGACUGAAUGACCCACAGAAAAAACGCAGUUGGGAGUGGACAGACAGAUCCAGUAACAGCUCCCUAAUGUGGAAACAAGGAGAGCCCAACAACCGAGGGAACAAUGAAAAUUGUGUUGAACUUUGGAGCCCAUCAGGUUAUAAGAACUGGAAUGACGAGAAUUGUGCGUCCACCCGUGCGUACCUCUGCCAGUGCAAAUUCUAGUGCAACUCCUUCUUCUCCUGCUCUGGAGUGGCAGAAGCGCCUGAUGAAGCCUGGAGAAGCAAGGAAGCCUUUCCAAAACCUCUGCUCUGCGUCCUUUCGCUUAAUGCUUGAUUUCUGUAGCUUGGAUCUGAUUUUGCUCAUCCUGAUGGGCCAGAAGUUCAAGUAAAUUCAGUCUUGGCAU